AUGGAUCUCAACAACACUUGGACAAUCACUCAACUCCCACCUAACAAGAAGCCUAUCAGCUGCAAAUGGCUAUUCAAAUUGAAAUUGAACUCUGAUGGAACUGUGGCAAAACACAAGCAAGCUUCAAGAAGCUGGUUCAAUAAGUUUAGAACCACAUUGACAUCUCAAAACUACACUCAUUCAAAGUAUGAUUACACCUUGUUCACCAAAGGAACAGGCUCAUCAUUCAUAGCCAUUUUGAUCUAUGUUGAUGACAUUGUCAUUGCCAGCCCUGAUAAGACAACAAUUAAUUCUGCAAAAAUCAUGCUUCAGCACUACUUCAAAUUAAAAGAUUUGGGUGAUCUAAAAUUCUUCCUUGGCCUAGAACUCUCAAGAUCUCAAGUAGGAAUAUUCAUGUGUCAGAGACAUUACACUAUGUCAAUUUUGGAGGAUAUUGGAAUGCUUGCUUGUAAGCCAUCUGCAGUACCUAUGGAGGUUGAUCUCAAAUUGAAUGCAGAAUCAGGAUCACAACUUCUAGAUCCAGGAACUUACAUAAGACUCAUAGGAAGACUUCUAUACCUAACCAUCUUAAGGCCUGAUAUUUGUUACAAUGUUCACAAACUAAGUCAGUUUGUAUCUGAUCCUCGCUCAGGACACAUGAAUGCAGCAAACAUUCUGUUAAGAUACCUCAAGCACACAGCUGGACAAGGGAUCCUUUUUAAGGCCAAGUUAGACACAUCCAUCCAUGCAUAUGUAGAUGCAGAUUGGGGUUCAUGUAUUGAUAGCCGGAAAUCAACAAUUGGAUAUUGUAUUUUCUUAGGAAAUUCAUUGAUUUCUUGGAAGGCAAAGAAAUAG